AUUGAUAUUCAAAAUUGUAUUGUUCUGGUAGCUUUUCCACAAGAAAAAAAUAAUAACUUUGUGGACUGAACAGCUGAAUUAAAUAUCACAGGACUGAUUUGUGCACUCAUGCAAGCUCGAAAGCUACUUUGUGCACUCUGCAAUUGAAUUGUCUCCAUACUAACCCAUCUCCAUCCCAUAAUAAACAGGGAAAGUAUAAUUCUUCCACCAAUCAUCCAGGCAGGUAUAUUAGUAGAUCAAAUGACAUUUAUAGUCGCAGACACCUGGGGUGGUCCAGCUCAGCCCAGGGCAGUUCGGGCUCUAGGUCCGGCUGUGGACGUGGAUAAUUUAUGAGAAGAACUUGAGAUGAAGAACUUGUUUGACAAAGUCCACGGUCCCCAGUCUUUGUGGCGCGCUUCUGUUCAGCAGAAGGUGGCCAGUGUUGUUGUUUGUUGUUGUUGUUUUAAUUGGAGGGCAUAAAUCUGCGUGUUUCUUUAACGCGCACAGAGAGAGGCGGAGCUGGCGCGCACAGCCUCCCUGUGCGCUCCGCUCCUCAAAACAGAUGCGCGCAGGCGGCGGGACUCGCACACACACAAACACCGCGGGGGAAAUGAAACCUGCUGCAGGUCCCGAGCCGAACCGAACCGUCCUCCUUUUCCUCUGCCUCUGUCAGCGGGACAUCACUCACCGGUCCGGAUCAUGUUGUUCUUUCAGACGACUGAGUUAUUACCGCCUGAUUGGGUCGCUGCUGAGUGAAAGAGAAAGUCCACACUGGCUCUGAAGCACCCGGACUCCCUCUCUCUCUCUCCGUCUUGGCUGAGAUCUCUGCAGACUUGCUGUCUGGAUAAACUACAGAUUUCUUUCUUUCUUUCUUUUUCCCCUCCUUCCUCUCAUAUUGUGGAUGAUGCAGGAGAUAAUGCUGAUGUUGAAGGUGAUCAGCCUGGCCGUGCUGUCAGCAGGUUUUUCAGUGGAGGUGUUUCGAGCAGGUGUGGCCCCCCGCUGCGAGAGCCGGGCCUGCAACCCCCGCAUGGGGAACCUGGUCCUGGGUCGGCGGGUUCUGACGCAGACCGUCUGUGGUAACAACGGCACCGAGCUCUUCUGCUCGUACUCCGACCCCGACGCCAACCUGGCCUGCGGCGCCCCCGUUUGUGCCAAAUGCAACGCCGGCCUGCCUCACCUGGCCCACCUGGCCGGGGCCAUGUCCGACUCCUCCUUCCGCCACCCCAACACCUGGUGGCAGUCGGCGGAAGGCGUGGAGUCCGAGACGGUGCAGCUGGACCUGGAGACGGAGUUCUACUUCACUCACCUCAUCGUGGUGUUUCGCUCGCCGCGGCCGGCUGCCAUGACCUUGGAGCGCUCGCAGGACUUUGGUCGAACGUGGAAGAUGCUGCAGUACUACGCCAGCAACUGUAGCGCCUCCUUUGGGCUGGAGGAAGGAAGGACAGGCGUGGGCCGGGAUGGAGCCACCUGCACCUCCAAGUACUCAGGCUCCUACCCCUGCAGCCGAGGCGAG